UCUGGGUUUUAGCCCUGGCACCCGUUUUCCCACCUUCUUCUCUCAUUAAUCCCUUCCCCCCCUCUCUUUAUCUGUCUCCUGACUUGCGGUGAUUGUUAGAUUUCGAGGGUUUAUAGUAUCCCUAACUCACUUCUCUCUUUUAUUUUCCUAAACUGCUAGCAGAAACAAGAACUAGGGUUUAAGCAAGAGCGAUACAGGUAGAGAUGCUGUACUUGAUAGGUCUGGGUUUAGGUAACGAGAAGGACAUCACGUUGAGAGGACUAGAAGCAGUGAAGAAAUGUGAGAAAGUUUACAUGGAAGCCUACACUUCUCUUCUUUCCUUUGGUCUCUCGACUGAUGGACUCUCCACUCUGGAAAAGUUGUAUGGGAAACCCAUUACCGUUGCAGAUAGAGAGAUGGUAGAAGAGAAAGUAGACAGUGUGUUGUCUGAAGCUACUUCAUUAGACGUGGCUUUUCUUGUUGUUGGAGAUCCUUUUGGGGCUACAACUCACACUGAUCUUGUUGUUCGAGCUAAGGAAUUAGGGGUUGAGGUCAAAGUGAUACAUAAUGCAUCGGUGAUGAAUGCUGUUGGGAUUUGUGGGUUGCAAUUGUAUCGAUAUGGAGAGACAAUUUCAAUUCCGUUUUUUACAGAUACAUGGAAACCUGAUAGCUUUUAUGAGAAGAUACAAAGAAAUCGUGAGCUUGGAUUGCAUACUCUCUGUCUAUUAGAUAUAAAAGUGAAGGAACCUACAUGGGAAUCCUUGUGCAGAGGAAAGAAGCUAUAUGAACCACCAAGAUUCAUGACCAUAAAUACUGCGAUUGAGCAACUCUUGGAGAUUGAGCAAAACCGUGGAGAAUCUGCAUACAAUGAAGACACCAAUUGUGUUGGGCUUGCUCGGCUUGGAAAUGAAGAUCAGAAGAUAGUUGCUGGCACAAUGAGGCAACUUCUGGCAGUUGAUUUUGGGGCACCCCUGCACUGCCUUGUAAUAGUAGGCACCACUCAUCCAAUAGAAGAAGAAAUGCUGAAUAUGUACAAGCUUAAAGGAGAGAGUAUAGACCACAAAGAUCACAGGACUGCAUGAUUUGCAGGUCGUAUUUCCUUUUGGUUUUGUUUUACUCGUGAAAAGAUAAAAUGGUUGAUAUGACUGAACUAAAGGUUUUAUGCCGUUAUAUAGGCUACAUGCAAGAUAAAAAGUAUUGUCUUGUUUGGCCUGCUCGGGAUGCAAGUAGAGUUCAUUCCUUGAUGCUGUAACCUACACUCAAUCUUUUGUUUUUCGCCUUUAUUUUGCUGCAAAUCUUUGGUUGCUGCUGAGGUGAAAAUAUCUUUCGGUUUCGUUAUGUCUGUGCGAUGGAGCCAACUGUACAUUUGCAUUGGUUUUUU